GCGAGCAGGGAACGGGCACAAUGUGGUCCUCCCCCGGUGCCUGCAUACUCCAUUUCGGGAGGGGUGGGUGGGAGGUCACCAAACACGUACGGGGGGAUGGAGAGUCACUCUGUCUUUUGCACACUCGCCACCGAGCUGCACUGAAGUUCGAUCACAAAAUUUGUACUCUUCAGACACCGGAGUUUACCGUGGUGCCGCACCCAUGCCUGGGGCGCACGCGUACGCGACGCGUGUUGAUGUCCCCAUGGGCAACAAUUCUCAUGAUUCGAGUGGAGGAGAGGCCACCAUCGACGGGGCCUUGGGUGGCGCUUCCACAGAACCUGCCGUGGACAUUGCUGGGACCCAAAGUGGACGACCUGCGACUGUCGACAUCGACGAUGAAGGGGGUACUCGCUGUAGUGACGCCAUUCUGCGAGCGGGUCGUGGAAAAAGGGCCGUAGGGGAGGAGGGGGGAGGUCGUGGGGGCCAAAGCAAGGGCAAGGUGAGAGUUUGGGGUCCGGACUGGACAGACAAGGAGCGCAUGGCGCUUGUGAGGCUGCUGUUUGAGGAGGACUGCGCGCAGCAAAGCAGGCGAAGGAGGCAGAAGAUCAGGGGGAGACGGGAGAAGUACGAUUGGAUAAUAGGGAAAAUGGUUGAACAAGGCUUCCCGAAACGCGACAUGGAGGACUGCGAGGCAAAGUUCUAUGCCCUUCUUGACAAAGCAAAAAAGAUCCGGGAUUACAGCGGCGAAUCCGGCAAGCCGAGCUACUGGCACAUGUUGAAAGCUCUGCAAUGGAAGCUUGGGAAGGCGGACGGCUCGUGCGAGGACAUGAUGCACAGUGUCAAUCUGCAGAGAGGGCAGACGAGCACGGUCACAGAUGAUGAAGACACCGGCGGCAGUAGUGAGAAUGGAGGGAAUCGGCGAAAAGCGGAUAGUGACAGUGCAGAGGGUGCCAAGUCUCGGCGGACCGGGGGUGGGAGCGGGCACAGUCGGCGUUCUGUGCCAGAGAGUUCAGCUGACGCUUCAAGGGGAGGUUCGUUCGCAGACAUAGCACAUGCUCUUGUCAACGCGAACGACCGUCAUGCUGACAAGAUCGCAGGGAGUUUUGCGCAUGCCAUGGACGGAAUGAACAAGACCAUGGCGGAUGGUAACAACACGCUGUUGCAACGCUUCGCUAUGCUUUCAGCGCACACGCGUGGUGGCAAAAUGUCGUCUUCUCCGAUGCACGGUAUUGGCGAGGUUGUGGACAUGGCCGGAGAUUUCGCGCUAACCCACAGACGGCGCAUCGAACAAACGCAUGAGCUUGCCCGGAAGUGGGGGGUGUUGUUCACUCGCGUGUCGAGUAUGGUCGAGGAUCUGCAACGUCUGCAAGGCGAGGUGGAGAAGGCAAACGUGAAAGAGGGGCUGGCGGGCUCAAGAGCCGAAGCUGCGGAGCAAGCUGUUGCUUCUCUGAGGGAGGAAGUGGCACGCCUGCAGCACCAAUUCUCACUUUACGAAGGGGGCUCCAACUAUACCCCUGUAGAGCCCGAUAGUUUCGUCACAACUGUGCAGAGCCCCGGCUGCAGGCGAGGUGGAACCGUCGCCAGUGUCACAGUCUCGGUGGGACACAUGCGACGUGACUCGACUCAACGCACACCUCUGCGGAGGCGGGUGCCCGCUGAUGCCAGAUCGCCUUCGUCGCUGCCAGUUGAGGAGAAGUAUGUGUAUAGAGGGCGAUUCCCUCUGGUAAUUCGACAUUGCAAUUCAGUGAUGUGACAUUCAGGCAUUGACUGAUCUUGUACAUGAUGCAGCACAGCAUUUCUAGCCGUGACCAAUAG